UUUUUUUUCUGACCAAGGGUGAAAGGGAUAGUUAAUGGCUCCAAAACGUGCUAAUAAGAAGAUGGUGGUUAGAUCAACAAGGAAAGUUGUUGAAGAAAGUGUACAAGUUUCAGUUGUAAGCAGCAACAAAAGAUCAACAAGAGCUAACAAAGAUAAUGAGAUAGAUAAAGAUGUAGGUAGUGAUCAUGAUCAAAGAGAAGAGCAUGUGAGGAUUAUACCUGUUCAAGAAGUGACUCCUUCAGCCAAAGAAGAUUCAAAUGCAAGCACAACCACUUUCACUACUGAAGACAAAACAAACCAAGAAAAUACUCCAAAUGAAGCUACCAUGGAACCCAAAGAGUCAGAGAAUAAGAAGGUCAAGAACAAGGAAGGAAAUUAUGGUAAAGAGAAAAGGAAGAGGAAAAGGGUGAGGAGAAUGGGAGAAGGGUAUCAGAGAUAUGUGUAUAGGGUAUUGAAACAAGUGCACCCUGAUAUGGGAAUUUCAUUUAAAGCUAUGACUAUUCUGAAUAAUUUGAUGAAUGACAUGUUUGAGAAGUUGGCUGAUGAAGCUGCAAAGCUGACGACAUACAUAGGACACAUGACAUUAUCUUCAAGGGAGAUUCAAGGGGCAGUGAAACUGGUUUUGCCAGGAGAACUUGGGAAACAUGCUAUUGCUGAAGGAGCCAAGGCUGUUACCAACUAUAUAUCAUCCUAUGGUGCCUAAUAUAUAGAGGCACAAGCUUUCAUGUUUCUAUUAUGCCUAACCUUUGUAUAAUUGUAUUGUGUAUAGUAAGUUUAGGUGUGUGUUGCUGAGUGUGCCCCUUGUGUUUAUUUUAUUUAGAUUUCUUUUAGAAGAAGAAAAGGUGCAGAUAAAUAGCAUGGUUGUCAUUUAUGUAAACUGCUUCACUGAUGAGUGUAGAUUGCAAGCCCUAAUUGUAUCCUAUAAUGGGAGUAGCUCCUUUAACUUAUUUCUUUUUAA